UCACAACAAAGCAAGAAAGAAAAAGAAAAAUGUACAACCAAAACAGGUUUUUCCAGUUUGAAUUCUGUUCCAGUUUUAGUAUGCUCCUCUUAUCUACAUUGUUGCAUUACCGCAUACUUGAUGUGCACUUGAAGGGAACGGUGCUAAAAAAAUAAUUAUCCAACAAGGGUCAUCUGAUAAGAGCAACAGAUCAGAGAUCAAUCGACGUUUGUCAGCCUACAAUUCUACAGACCUAUCGCGUAUUUCCAAAGUUUCGAUCCUUCAGGAAAUGACGAGUCGCGGUGAUAUCUGUUCUACUGAAGGCCUUAUGUCAGCCUGGCAACUUCGUGAUUAUGGCGGAAUUGAAAGUUUGGAACUAGUGAAAGAUUUGCCUAUCCCAAAGAUUACUUCAUCGAAAGAUGUACUAGUAGAAAUAAAGGCUGCAUCUGUCAAUGUUUUAGAUGCCUGGAUGCCAGAUGGAUAUGGUAAAGUGGUGUUUGAACAAUUGUUUCGAGCUCACCUACCUGUCACUUUGGGCCGAGACUUUGCUGGAAUCGUCAGGGAAGUCGGCAAAGGGGUGACUGAGUUGAAGCCAGGCGAUGAAUGCAUGGGUGUCAUUCCACCACAGAGUGGUACAGGAUCCCAUGCCCAGUUUUUGGUUGUUUCAUCCUCUUUGGUGGUAAUGAAACCUACCAACUUGACAAUGGUUGAGGCAGCUUCCAUUCCAUAUGCUGGGUUGACUGCAUGGGCUGGUCUGAGAAGUACAGGUGGUCUGGCAGAAGUAUCAAAUGGGAAACAGGUUCUUAUUAUGGGAGCUGCAGGUGGGAUUGGAUCAAUUGCUACACAGCUGUGUAAGCUUUGGGGAUCAAAGGUUGUUGCAACAUGUGCCACUGAUGCUGUUCCACUCAUCCAAAAUUUGGGAUCUGAUUUCAUAGUUGACUACAAAUCCCCCGAUGCGGACUCUACAUUGCGAAGUUUUGGAGGUUUCGACCUCAUCCUGGACUGUACUGGCAAGUGGGACGGUUACGACUUCAAGUUGUUGAAAACGUGCGCCAAUGCCAAAUAUCUUACUCUUGUUCCCCCCAUAUUAAAUAAUUUCAAUGAUUAUGGCGUGAUUGGUGGAAUUUUCAAGACAAUUUACGAUCUCAUCGCGGCUAAUGCAUCACUUAUUCUGAGAUUCAAAACUCUUCGAUGGGUGGUGUUUUCACCGAAUUCAUCUGCCUUGCGAAAACUUCGAGACUACGCUCAAAACGACCAGCUUAAACCAUUGAUUGAUAGCGUUUUCACUUUCGAUCAGCUGAAACAGGCCUAUCAUAAAAUGAAGUCUGGCCACGCGAGAGGUAAGAUUGUGAUUCAGAUGGCGUAACGUGAAAGCCUUCUCGGUAUUUGUUAAAUUUUUCUAUAUUCUAUUUUGAAACGGAAAUAAAACUGACGUUUACGGGAAA